CAUCAUAUUAACGACGUCGUUCAAUAUCACUUCAUAUAUACUAGUGCUGCAAUCGCACGCUUCAUACUCAUUGAAUCCACAAUUCCAGAUUUCAGCUAGGGCUCGCCUCUUCUCUCUCACUCUCUUCGCGGCCUUCUCUCAGAUUUGCGCCGCUACGGUUAUUAGUUCCUUAUUGUUCAGAGAUGGCUGAUGCUCAUGAUACUGAUAAGAACAUUGAGGUGUGGAAAAUCAAGAAGUUGAUCAAGGCUCUUGAAGCUGCCAGAGGAAAUGGGACGAGUAUGAUUUCCCUUAUCAUGCCCCCACGUGAUCAGAUAGCUCGAGUUACCAAGAUGCUUGGGGAUGAGUUUGGAACUGCUUCAAACAUCAAAAGUAGGGUGAAUCGUCAGUCUGUGCUUGGUGCAAUCACUUCUGCUCAGCAGAGGCUUAAGCUUUAUAACAAGGUUCCUCCUAAUGGGCUUGUUUUGUAUACUGGCACAAUUGUCACUGAUGAUGGAAAGGAGAAAAAGGUGACAAUUGAUUUUGAGCCAUUUAGACCUAUCAAUGCUUCUCUCUAUCUUUGUGACAACAAGUUUCACACUGAAGCUCUAAAUGAACUCCUGGAAUCUGAUGACAAGUUUGGAUUUAUUGUCAUGGAUGGUAAUGGCACUCUGUUUGGGACCUUGAGUGGUAAUACAAGAGAGGUGCUUCACAAGUUUAGUGUGGAUCUUCCAAAGAAACACGGAAGAGGAGGGCAAUCAGCCCUACGUUUUGCCCGUCUUCGGAUGGAGAAGCGUCAUAACUAUGUGAGGAAGACUGCUGAGCUUGCAACCCAGUUUUAUAUCAAUCCUGCUACCAGCCAGCCUAAUGUUUCUGGAUUAAUUCUUGCUGGUUCUGCUGAUUUCAAAACCGAGCUUAGUCAGUCAGAUAUGUUUGAUCCCCGUCUUCAGGCAAAAAUACUUAAUGUUGUAGAUGUUUCGUAUGGAGGGGAGAAUGGGUUUAAUCAGGCUAUUGAACUGUCGGCUGAAAUUCUGUCCAAUGUCAAGUUUAUUCAGGAAAAACGUUUGAUUGGAAAAUACUUUGAGGAAAUCAGUCAGGAUACGGGGAAGUAUGUAUUUGGUGUUGAUGAUACUCUUCAAGCUCUGGAUGCAGGAGCUGUUGAGACACUUAUUGUCUGGGAAAAUCUGGAUAUGACUAGGUAUGUUUUAAAAAAUAGUACUACUGGUGAAAUUGUCAUUAAGCACUACAACAAGGAGCAGGAAGCUGUCCAAAGCAAUUUUAGAGAUCCUGAAACCGCUGCUGAUUAUGAGGUUCAGGAAAAGCUGUCUCUGUUGGAGUGGUUUGCAAAUGAAUACAGACGGUUUGGUUGCACUCUCGAGUUUGUUACCAAUAAGUCUCAAGAAGGUUCACAGUUUUGCAGAGGUUUUGGUGGGAUAGGUGGGAUCUUGCGUUACCAGCUUGAUAUGAGAACAUUUGACGAUUUUUCUGAUGAUGGAGGCGUGUAUGAUGAUGAAUAGCAAUCAAUGAAAUACUUCCUACUACUGGUGCAGGAAAGGGAGGUCAAAAUACCUGCAUCAGUAUGGGAGGUGGCUGCACGCGCUGCUGCUGCUCCUCCUCUUCCUCCUCUUCUGUCUGUGGUGUUGCAUGGAAAGUUUGACUGCAAAAUGAGAAAUUUCAGCUGCUUUACUCCAAAAGCGCUGUCUGAUAUGAAUUACUUCCUUGCUUGUCCUCCUAUCAUUCAAUCUCUGGCACUACAAACUUCCGCAACAUUGCUGGCAACAGCUGAAGAAAACCUGUCAUUUCCUACUCCUCCGCGACCUGCUUGUAUUCAGAAGGGAAAAAACAAAGUCGUCCUUCCAAAAGAACAAAACAUAGCAUCAAUGAAGCCUUUGUUGAACCGGUCUGUAUUUGUAACCUAGCUCAGCUUCGAUGAAGAAGCAGCCUGCUCACUAAGUUAUCAAGGUGAACGAGAUAUUUCGCUGUAUGCCUUUCUUCAAGGAUAAUCGAGCCUAUCCACACCUCAUCAAUGCUUGUGUCUUCUACUAUAUCAUAAGUGCCUCAGUCAUGCUUUUGAAAUUUUCGAUACAUUGAACUGUGUUUUAUUUUAUUAUUGAUACUGUACUCAUGGUUUGCUUUUAUUCCUAGUGUGGUUUGUAUAAUAGAUUGCUUAAAGAUGUCAUGUUAUGAAAACUUCAGUUAUUAAAACUAAAUUAUAUUUA